AUGGUUCACAGCAGCUGUAUCUGUAGAGUCGUCCUCCUGGUGCUCCUCGGCCUCGUGGUGGCCCUCGUACACACAGAGACAGUUGCAGACCCUGCCUUAACAUCCAGAGACAACCAGGACACCUCGUCUGGAGAGCCACCCAGCGAGGUCACCACCAAAGACCCUUUCCACGACAUGACAGAGCCAUCUUUCACCUUCGACUACGAGGACGUCACACACUCCCAGACCAUGGAUGAGGAGGAAGGAGUGCUGGGGCCUGGGGCCAUCACAGCCAUCGUCAUAGCAGUCUUCCUGGGAGCAUCAGUACUCCUCGCCCUGAUCGUUAUCACACUGAGAAAGUUCACUGCCUCCUAG